GUAUUUCUCAUCUGUGCUGACGUGGUUAAAAUUCUGCAACUAUAUCGAAAAUGGCAUGCAAUAACAAGUGCUGAGUGGUGGCAAUUUAUUAAAUAUUUGCAUCUAAUUUGCUUAGUUUUUUUAGUUUGUUUAAUAGUUUAAAUACACCUAUAAUUGAUAUUAUUCGUUGUUCCUGGGUGUCGUAAUCGCAUUCGUCGUUUUAAUGUUGGCAAAAGAAAUACAAUGUCCGAAAGUACAAACAUCAAUAAAAUUCCUGGGCAGGAUAAAAGGCUCGAUGCUUCUGACUCUGAUAUAGCAGCGCCAAGUGAAGUAGCUAGUGUAGCAGGAAGUGUAAAACACAGUAAGCAAUCAAUCUCUUCAGAAAGGCAGAUUAAGUUUGAAAGAGCUCAAAAGUGCCUAGAAAAUGCUGCCCUGGUAUCAAAAAGGAUUAAAGAACACCGCAAGGCCACUGCGGAGCUAUUGGGUCGUCCAUUUGAAGAAGAUGUCGGAGACACAGCCUCGGAAAUGGCAACCACCGUAAGCGAGAAAACAGGAUACUCUGUAGCAACAGAAACAUCUACCACUUUGUCUGUACAAGAUGCAUUAAAUAUUCCUGGAAUCAGUGAAAGUUUGGCAAACACUCUGAAACAAAAAGAAAUACUGAUGGAAAGAAUUAAACAAUAUAAAGAAAUAAGCAAGAGGCCAAUGAAGAAAGUAGUUACUACUGCCAGAAAAGACUCAAUAAGUAAUACAUUAGAUGUUAAAAUGGGUCCUGACAACACAGACACCACAAAACUUACAAAUUUAAUUAAAGAAAAAGAUAACAAUCUGAGUAUAAUGCAAGUUAAAAUGAGAGCAAUGGAAACAACAAUUUUAGACUUGCAGGAAAAAAUUAAUGAAAAAGAUCAAAUAAUUGAAGCCAAAAAUAAAGCAACAACAUUAAUAUCAGAAAGUUUAAGCAAAAAAGAAAGAGAUACAUUGGAUUUACUUGAAGAUACUAAACAACAGAUGAUAAAAAUGCAAAACAAAUUUAUAGAUAUGGAAAGUGAAUGGAAAGAAGAAAAGUCAAAGCUAAAGCAGGAAAUUGAAGAAAAAAACGAUAAAAUAAAAAGUCUUGAAGAAGCUAACACAAUUUUGGAAAACUCGAGAUUUGAUAUAAGUGUUGCCCAUUCUAAAUUAGCAGAAGAAUUAGACUUGAAAGUUAAAGAGAUUAAUGAAUUGCAAUAUAAAAUUAGGCAAUUGGAAGAUGAUUCUAAUAAAAAAGUUAAAGAAGAUGAUACAGAAAGUAAAAUAGAGAAAGGCUCACUUGAAAUAUCAAAUAUGGAAGAACUCACAAAAAAAAUUGAGUUACUGGAACAGAUUAAUUUAGAAUUAAGGCAGGCAAAUAAAGAGUAUCAAAAUCAACUUACUGCAACUCAGGAGACAAAAGCUAAUAUAUCACCAAGUAAGAAAGGCAGUCCUCUUCCUACCCGUAAAGGAGGCAGGAAUGCUGCUUCGAAACUAAAGUCACCUUGGAGUCAUUUGUCUUCUGAAACUGCACAACCAGAACCAGAUAAAAAAGGAAAAUCUGAAAAACCAAAAUCAGAUAUGGUAAUUCAGUCUCUGAAUAAAGAAAUUUUGCAAAAAGAAUACAUACUAUCAGAAAAAGAUGCAUUGAUUACAGAAUUGAAAUCUACAAUUGAAAUGAAAGAUGCAACUAUUAAAGAAUUACAAUUAUUAGUUGACUCAAAAAAAGAAAAGGUACAAAUGGUUGAUGUUGGUGUACUUAUAGAUUUGACUACUAGUACUGAAGAUUUGAAAGAAACAACAAAAGAAAAAUCUAAUGUUACUGAAACAAUAUCACCAGAAUUGAAAGAUUUAGAAGAUAAAUUAAAAUUGGCACAAAAUCAAAUUGUAACACUUAACGAGGAAAUAGAUGCCGGAAAUAAAAAUAUGAUAAAGGUAAAAUCUAAUUUUAAACUCAAAAUUAAGCAAAUGCAGAAAACGAUUGAGAACUUUAGCAAAGUAUCUGAUACUAAUGCAGAAAUUGUGAAACUCAAUGAAGUAAUUCACCAACUUACUCAGAAGGUAGCAGAGUUAGAAGAGGAAAAGGGCAAUCUUCAAUUGCAUUUAGUCGAUUAUGAUAGUGGAAGAUUAACGGAAUCUGAAAUAUAUAAACGAUUGGUCGAAACAGAAAAUAUGGCUGAAGCAAGACUGAAAUCUAUAAGUUUAUUGGAAACUCAGAAAUUUGAUUUGGUUCAAGAGCUUCAUAGUUUGCAACAGAAGAAUUUAGAAAUGGAAGAUAAACUAGCAGAUAUAUCUUUACUUCAAAAUGAACAUGUAUGCUCAGAAAUGAAGUCUGUUCAAUUAGAAGAGCAAAUAGAUCAGCUACAAGCAUCUAAAAAAGAAUUAGAACACAUUAUAGAAAAUUUAAAAUUGGACAAGGAACAAUUAAAUAGUAGCAUACAGAUCCUACAAGAAGGAAAGGAAGAUUUAAUUCAAAAGCUAGAAAAUUAUAUUCAAGAAAAUAUUGAACUUACUGACAAAUUAGAAAAACUCAGCGCUGAGAAAGUAAGUUCAGCUGAGUCCAUUGAAAUCGUGGAAUCAUUAACAACACAAGAAAAAUUAGAGCUUGAAGAAUAUAACAAAUCUCUAGAAACAGAAAAGAAAACUAGUGAUCCUAAUCCAGAAGAAUAUAUGCCUCCAAGUCAAGAAGAUAAUGAAAAAUUAAUUGAAGAAAGUAUUGAACUAAAACAAAAAAUAGAUUUAUUUUUAAGUGAAAGGCAAGAAGUUAUGGAAAAAAUGAAUGCUUUGACAUCAGAAAAUGAAUCUUUAAACAAAGAUAUACAAGAAAUGAAAGAUCAAUGUGAUACCUUGAAAAGUAGCGUAAAUGUAUUAGAAGAAGAAAAGAAUAAACUUAUUUCACUUAAUAAUGAACUCAACCAUCAAAUAGAAGAACUUAAACACGAGAAGAGCGAAAUAUUAAAAGAAACUGUAGAAGUAGUCAAACCAUUGAGUGUUGAGGACGUAAUAGACGGUACAGCAGGAGAAAUAGGUCAACAAGAUGAUAAAACUGCUGGAGAUAAAGGAUCUCGAGUAAAGUCUGUAAAACAGCUUACUAAAGAAAUUCUUAAAUUGAAAAAUAUAAUAAAAGAAAGAGAAGAUGAAAUUGCUGAUUGUCAAAUGAAAAUAUUGUCGUUAGAAGAACAACAAGAAAAAAAUAAAGAAAUAUUACAGAACAUUGCAUCAAAUGAGAAACUAAUUAAAAAACUUACAGACGAAAAUAAUCAACUGAAAAGAGAAAUAGAAACCAUUAGUAAUGAAAACAAAGCAGAACAUCAUUUACAUCUUACUCAAACACAAGAACUUUUGCAAAAUGAGAUACAAAAAUUGCAUCAAGAAUAUGCAUCUGCUUUGAAUACUCGUGAUUCUAGGAUACACGAAUUAGAAAACUUACUACUAGAAUAUGAAAAACAAGUCAGAAAUUAUAGUAAUACCUUACAGCAAAAGGAUAAAGAAAUGUCAGAAUACAUAAAUCAAAUUACUAAACUAAACGAUGUUUCACAGAAAUUAAAAUCUACGGUUGAUUUACUCGAAGAUGAAAAAGCAAAGGAUCAAAAUUCUGAACUUAUAAAAUCAUUGAAUAAACAAAUAUCUCUUUAUCAGAAAACUUUGUCUGAUUAUGAAGAAAAGCUAAGAUCACUUGAAGAUGAAAAAGUACAGCUACUUACUUUCAAAUCAAAAUUAGAAAGUAAGAGCAAUAAUCUUGAAUUGGAACUAAAAAUAUUGCAGGACCAGUUAGCAGAAAAACAAGAAAUUAUCAAAGAAUCGCAAAUAUUACAACAAAAACAGACAGAGGAAUUGUCAGCUGUUUUGUCACAAGCUAAAGAACGUGACGAAGAAAUACAUGAAAUAAAAUUACAGUUGAGAAAAGAGUCCAUAGAGAAUGAAAAGUUACAUAAUAUUGUUGUACAAAAGAGUACUGAAAUUAAUGAACUUACAAAGUUAUAUGAACACGCUAAAGAAAAAUUGAAUUCUGUUUCAGUAGAUAAAAAUGCACAAAAUGAGCAAUACUCAGCGAUUGAGCAAAAAAAUAAAGAGUUAAUGGAAAAAUUGAAAAAGUUCGCUAUAAACAUAAAGAAAAAGUCUGCACUAUACAUUGAGUUAGAAAAUCAACUUCACGAAACCCAAAAACAACUUGAGAAUAAAAAUGAACAGUAUGAACAGCUUUUAAUACAAGUUGAAACAAUACCUGCGUUACAAGAAAAGCUAAAACACGCAGAAGAAGAAUUAAAUCGACUGCAAUCUCAAAAGAUAUUACUUGAGCAAAAAUCGCAGGAGAUUUUACAUUUACAAUCUCAGAUUGAAACGUUACACAAGAAUAGUGCUAAUAAUGUGGAAACAAUUACCAGAUUAAAUGAGUCAAUAAAUAUAUUGAAUAAAGAUCUAUAUUUUGCAAGUGAAGAAAAUAAUAAUCUUAAAGUGCAAAUUGAAACUUUAAAUAAUAAAAUUGUUGAAUAUGAAAUUGAACAAAAGAAUAACGCCAACCUUUUAACAAAAAUAUCAUGUUUAGAAGCUGAUAUAAAUCAGAAACAGGAUAAAAUUUAUGAUUUAACUAAUCAAAUUCAAAAUUUUAAUGAAAAAUUGACCCAAGUGCAAUUUGGGCAUGACGCAAAGGUUCAAGAAAGUGAUAUGUAUAUUGAAAGCUUACAAUCAGAAAUCGACAAGUAUAAGAACAGGAUAUAUCGUCUCGAAGAAAGUAUAUCCGCAAUGGAAAAUCGGCGACAAUCUUUAGAGCGGAAAGCUGAUAACUUGGACACUCAAUUGCACGAAAAACAAAAGGCUUACAGUGAGUACAAAGAUCAAGAAGAUGAAUUAGUAUCCCGACUUGCUAUACUCAUGGAUAAUGACAGAGUUGUCGAAAAACAGUUAGUUGAAAUUGAAAGUGAAAACAAAGAAUUGCACUAUAAAAUACAAAAUAUCAAUGAUAAUUAUCAAAAGUUACAAAUGUCAUACGCUGAUUUACAAAAUAACUGUGAUAUGUUACAAAUAAGAGCUGAUAAAGUUGAUGCAAUGGAAAGCGAUAUAUUGAACUACCAGUCUAGUAUUCGAGAAUUGGAAGCUAAUCUUAAAAGAAUAACAAAUGAACAAAAUGCAUUGCUAGUACAAAAGAAAAAAGAUAUAGAAGAAUUAGAAUCAGAAUUUAAUAUACAAAUCGAAAAUACUUUUAAAGAAAAGAAAAUAUUAAGUGAAAAAUAUGAGAAAAUCAAUGAACAAGUGUCAAAAUUGGAGUCAAAGCUUAAUGAAUAUAAAAAUACAAUAGAAAAUUUGAACAUAAAAAUGGCAGAGUUGGCUCAUGAAAAUCAACUUUUAAAUGAAAAAUCAACUUCAGAAAAAAAAUUUACACCCGAUUAUACUGAACAAUAUAUAAGUGAAAUCAAUAAGUUAAAUUCAAUACUGAAUAGCAAAAACCAAGAAAUUAUGGACCUUGAUAAUAAAAUACAGAAUUUACAAGCAAAUAAUUUGACUAAUAUGUCAAAGAUCGAUAAUGAGAAUAAGGAAAUGGUUACAAAACUUGAAGAUGCUACUUUACAAAUUAAUAAGCUAUCGAAUGAAAUCGAAUUUUUAAAAGAAAACAAUGAACAGCUAAAUAAUUCACUAUUAGAGAAAGAAGAGCAAAUUAAACAAAUGAUGGAGAAUAAGAAACUAGUCUUCGAAAUGAACAUACCAAAAACAGAAGGAAUGACUAUUUCGUCUACGAUAGAAGCAAUGAAUGAACCAACUACUCCUGUCAUAGCCUCUCUUCAAUCACAGAUAUUGUCUGGCCCAGAAUCCCAUUCGCAGACUCAAAUACAAACAAAAUCAGGAGAGGUACGAUCUGCUGCGGAUUUCUUUAAUUUAAAAGAAGAAAUAAUUGUUCCAAGUCAAUGUACGGAAGUUGACAUUAAAGAAGAAAAUGAUCCUUUUAACUCCGAAGAAGGUUGGGGUAUUGAAACUACUGAAGAAUCGGAUGUAAUACCUGGUUCUUCACAUUUACAUCAACAAAUUCAACAACUUAAUGAAACUAACAAUAAAUUGAAACUAGAAAUGGAUACUACUAAUGCUAAGUUGUUGAAAGCAUUAAAGAAAUUAAAGGAAUUAAAAGUAACUAAUGAUAUGCUGUCAAAUGAAUUACAAUUGACUAAAAAAAUAUCACAAUCCUCAAUGCUUGACAUGGCUAUCGAAAAUGAGUUAUCAAGCACUGUUGAAGAAUUAGAGAAAAAAUUACAAGAACUUAAUACGGAUCUAAGUAAAGAAAAGCAAGAAAAAGAAGCCUUAAAGAAGCAAAAUGAAGUGUUCAAAAACGCAAAUGAUAGAUUAUUAGAAAUGAAAGAAAAAUUGGAUAAUGAAUUACAAAUGUGGAAGUAUAAUUUCAAACAAGUUAAUGACAAAUUCUCUUCCUUGCAAUGGGGUGGUGAUGGUAAAGAUUCUAAUGAUACAACCUCUCGAGUAAGUGGAAAAACAGAAUCAAAUGAAGAGUUGUUAAAAUUAGAAAAAGAAAAUGAUGAACUGCAAACAAUCAUUGAUAAUAUUAACUCUCAAAAUAAAGAAUUGACAGUGCAGCAGGAACGACUAAAGAAUGAAAUAAAUCAACUAAAUCAAGAAUUGAAUGAAAAAAUAAAAAUUUGCGAAAAUUGCCACCAACUAAAUGAACAUAACAAAAAGCUACUACAAGAACAGGAUCUUUUAGAAAGUGAAAUAAAUAACCUUAAACAACAAAGUGUAGUAUGCACUAACUGUGAAAAAUUUAAGUUAGAGAUUCAAGAAUAUCAAUGUAAGUAUGAAAGGCUUGAAGAAAAAUGUGCCAUGCUUAAUGAAAGUGUACAACAAUGGGAAGUUAAAUAUAAUGAAGUAAUGUCUCAAAAUGAACAUUUAAGAAAAGCUUUUGAAGAAUAUAAACUCUCUGCUGCCGAGAAACAAAAUGAGCAAAGUGUGCAUGAACCAGAUAUUUUAGUGCUGGCAGAAAAGUGUAAUAAUUUAGAAGAACAUUCUUCAAAGUUAAAAGUCCAGAUAGACGAAGCAAACAAAAGAAUUGGUGAGCUUGAACAAGAAAACAAAGAUUUGGUUGACACGGUUGAUGAUUAUGAUAAACAAGUUAAUGAUCUUAAUGCUAAAUUACUAAAUCUUAAUACAGAAAAUGAUCAACUAUUGUCAACUGUUGCCGAGCUACGUUCUUCAGUGUCAAGUGCCAUGGAUCAAAGAGGGUUUGAAAUAGCUGAAUUAUGGAAACAACACUUAGCCCAAAGAGAAGUCGAAUUUCAACAAAUAGAGCACGAUCUUAGAACACAACUAACUUCUUCUGAGGCUAAGUAUGAGCAACUUCUUGAAAAUGUUCAGUCAUCGAGUCAAGAAGAAACAAAUAAAAUUGUUAUGGCAGAACAAAUAAGUACUCUACAGAAUAAGUUACAAGAAAAAGAUGAGCAACUAAAAAGCCUUCAAAUCAAAUAUGCUGAAGUUAUAAAUCAACUUGACAUAUUGCGAUCAGAAAUCGAAGACGAUAAAGUUAUGCAAGAAAAUAAAGGGCUUUUUCAACAAGAAGAAUACGAAAAGAUAAUUGAAGAGUUAAAUAAAAACAAUAAAGCCCGAUGUGAUGAAUAUGAAACUACAGUUAAUAAUUUACGAAUAGAAUUAGAUGCCACCAGCACCGUUAAUACCAAUUUAAAUCAACAAAUUGAAGAAAUACGAAACAAUUAUGAAAACAAAAUAGUAGAUUUAAAUAAGCAACUUCAAUUAAAAGAAAGUGAAAUUUACCAAAAAACACGUGACUUCACAAUAUCUUUGACACAAAGAAAUGAGGAAUUUGAAAACGUUCGAAAACAGUUAAUUGAGUUCGAAAAGAAAGUAGAAGAUUUAACAUAUGAAAAAGAAUCUGAGUUAGCAAUAUUAAGAUUAAAAAUGCAUGAAAAUACUGAAAGUUUUAACAAGGUAAAAAAAGAUAUUGAAGAUGAAAAACAGGCUAUUUCUGAAUCCUUAAAGGAAAAAAUUGUUGAGUGUACAAAUCUGAAUAAACAAAUAAAUGAUUUAAAUAAAGUCUUAGAGGAAUAUGCAAACAAAGCACUCGAAACGCAAGCAGUUUUAGAAAGUCAAGAAUUAGAAAUUGUUACACUAAAAGAUGAAAUAUCGAGUUUAGAGGAAACUUUGAGGGCAGCAAGUAGUAAAAUAGAAAAACAUGUAACAUUUUUGUCCGAUACUAAACUGGGUCCAGAAGGUGAGAGAUCAUCAGGAAGUGUUGAUAAACAACUUUUGGAUGCGGUACCGCGUGCUGAAUUAGAUUUGGCAUUGUAUAUGUUGCAUCAAAGAGAUGUAAGAUGUGAAGAACUUACAAUGGAAUUAACUCAAUUACUAGAAGAAAGAGACACUCUACAGUUACGACUCUCUGAUAGCUUAAGAUCUUUUGAAAAGUUGAAGUCACGUUGUAAUUCUGCAGGAUUAGACCUAUCGAUAAGCUCGAGUCAAGAAGGAACUUCAGAAUUGCCCACCUUAAGUUUUGAAAAAGAAAGUCAUAUUGUCGACACCCAUAAAGGACAAACGUCACGCAGUAGUAGUAUAAGUCUCCCUGAUGGGGAUAAACCAAAGUUGCAAGCCAAGUUAUCAGAGUUACGUAGCGUUAAACACAGUCGUGACGUGCGAUUACGACAAGAGAGUGAACAGCGGCAGUUAGGCAUGCGACUGUUGCAUCGCGACGUCGCCAACUUACCUGCUGAGGCAGUCGAACAACUGACUCAGGCGCAUCACACUCUUUCACGAGACACUCAAAGCACGCCUACCGUCCUUCUAAAUUGGCUACGAGGGAAGAGCACACCUAAAGUAGUGCAUAUGUGAACAUGAGAGUAAUUCAUAAUAUAAAGUACUAUAGUCAAAAUGAUCCAUUGCUCUUUGUUUUGUCACCACAGCACUGCACACCUGAAUGUUUGGAAAUAAAACAUACAGUUACAAAUUGUGCAUUUAGUCAAGCUUGUUAUUGAAUAACGAACAGUGUCAGUACAGGUAGUAACCUUAUUUUAUAAUCUAUGUAUAAUAAUAAUUAUGUAUAUAAAAAUGUAUAGAUAUUUCUAUUCUAUUUUAUACUAGUAAAUAUCUUUCUAAUUUUAUUCCAACAGUCAACUUUAUUCGUGACAUUUAUAAUAAAAUUAUCAGUAUAGUGGAUAGUUUAAAAAAUGUGUUUUAUUUCAUUUCUUAUGUUAGUGUUAAAAAAUUAUUUCUUACUAUUCUGAUACUGACACUAAAAACGAAUCGUUUUUAUUAAAAAAGCUUAAGUUAUUCAUUCCAAUAUAAAUAAAUUGAAUAAUUGUUUAUUGAAACCGUUAAUAAGAAAUGUUUAUCAGUCUAUUUAGAAUGCCUUAAAAUCUUAUUUGAUAAAAUUCCUUUAAAACACUAAGGUCAAUAUUUUAAAUUGUUUUUUUUUUCAUUACACCAUCUUAAACAAGUCUACAAAGUUUUACGUGAAUAUGUGUUAGUAGAUACAGACUUUAACUUAAUGUAGGUAUUUCUCAUAAAUAAUUUGAAAUAGAACUACAAAUGUUGAGAAACACCCAAGCCGAUCGAUUCGAAAAUUACAUAACGAGUAGAAUAUAACUUCCAGAAUGAUAGCGUUGUUGCUUCGGUGACUGUGAGCUGUUACACAAUGUAUUAUUAACUUGUAAAAAUUUUAAAUACGAUAUAAUUUACUGUUACUCUAUAGUUGAAAUAUAAUAUGAUACCUGAACUGUCAGUGUAUAAAAAUAUACGAUACUAAAUUA